AUGUCGUUUCUUAUACGCAUUUCAAGAGAUGAUCCUGGUACACCAUGGGGUUUCCGAUUACGUGGAGGACAAGAUUUCAAUGAACCACUUCAUAUUUCUGCUGUUACACCUGGAGGUUUAGCAGAAACUUGUGGUCUACGACCUGGAAUGCGUGUUUUAUCAAUUGGACGUGAUUUAACCAAUCAUAUGACUCAUCAACAAGCUCAUCAAGCUAUAAUACGCUGUUGUAAUGACCUUGAAAUAGAAGUUUAUGAUACUGGAUUGAUAAACAAAUCUGGCUAUGUUACACCUACUCAUCGCAUGAAUAUACGAUCACCAAUGAGUACUGAUUUUUAUAAACCAGUUGAAUUACAGACAACUAAAGCAGUUAUUCACAUUGGUACAAAUCCGAGAAUAUCACCAUGUCAUUCACCCAAUAGAAUAAAUAUUACAGUAAGCGAUUCUAGCUCAACUCCAAUAUACGACCGUGUAUCGACUGAGAAAAUCAGUAUAACUUGUACAUCACCAGUUUAUAGAUCACCAGAUGUUAUAAGCUUAAAGCCAUCUUUUUCAUCGUUGUAUGGUCUAUCAACAUAUAGUACGCCUAAUUCAACAGUGGCAAAUAUGCAAAGUAACUCUAAGCCUAAUCAUCGCUUGAAUCAAUCACCACCUUUACUGAGAAAAGGAAUUCUACGCUCAAAAGACUUGAAACUGUGUCCUAUAUGCCGUGUAUGUCAACAACCAAUACACGGACCAUUUAUUGACACAAAUGAUCAUUGUUACUGUCCUAAUCACUUUGUAUGCGCACAUUGUCAUGCUCCGUUGAAUGAAGAGUGUUUUUUUGCUGAACAGAAUGGAAAGUUAUACUGUGAACGUGAUUUCAAAGAGCAUAUCGCCUGUCGUUGUGGAAAAUGUUAUCAACCGAUUAUUGGAAAAAUUAUUAAAGCCAUAAAUCAAACAUGGCAUCCAAAUUGUUUUACAUGUUAUUAUUGUAAAAAGCCAUUAGAUAAUAUAUUUCAUGUAGAAGAUACGAAUCGUGUACUAUGUGAAGAACAUUGGAAAAAACUGCACGAAGGAGAAUGUGCUAAAUGCAAGCAGCCGAUUUCAGAGAUUGAUCGUUUUAUUGAGGCAUGUGGGAAACAGUAUCAUGCAAGGUGUUUCAGUUGUGCUGCAUGUCAAACACCCCUUGAAGUCGCCUUAUUUGGUUGA